UACAAGGCAAAGAAGAAAGAACAAGAAAAAAAUCCAAAGAGAGUGAGAAAGGAUGGAAAAACAGUUGAUUAAAACUAUAGGGGCUGCUCACGUUGAACGAGCCAUCCGAGAGUCCUCACCGAAAAAAAAGAAGGAAAAAUCUCAUAAGCAUAGAAGAAUAUUCCACCUCCAUCAUCACUCUAAGGAUGAGAAAGAGGAAGACAAGAAGAAAGAUGGAUCAAAGAGGGAGAAGAUAGCUGCAGCGAUGGUUGGUCUCGGAGCCACCCUCAAGAAGAUAAAGCAUAAGAGUCACCACGGUGGCGGUGGAAAAGAGGAAGGAGGACAAGAGGAGGAGGAAGAAGAAGAAGAAGAAGAAGAAGAAGAAGAGGAGGAGGAGCAGGAGGAAGGAGAUGAUGGUGGGGAUGAAGAAGGGGGAGGCAAGUUUAGUGCUUUCAUUUCAAUGAUCGCCGAAGCAUUUGAAGAAUAAGUUUUUAUCAUGUGAUUACUUUGUUAAAUCUUAAUUUGAACUUCCUAUCAAAUUUUAUAUUUUUCCUAUUCUUUCCAAAUCGUUAA